AAACACAACAAGCUGUUGUAAAAUUAUUAAACAAAAAUAAAAAAAAGUGUGUUUUCUUUAACAAAAACCAAGUUUUCUAUUGUUCAUUAUAAACUUUAAUAAAUUAAACAUUAAUAUUUACAUAAUUUUCUGUGCAAAAAGUGUUGUGUAUUGUGUUAUAAGUGUUUCAUUAAAAUGGCUUCCACCGAUUGUUUACAACUAAACAAAACCAGCAUGUUUGCCAAAAUACGUGCUGGCCUGCCCGUGGAACGUUUGCAAACACAAAAUCUAUUGGAAUGCAAAGAUGAUUUGUUGUAUUGUUGGGACUCACAAGAGAACUCAUUGCUGGUAUUAAACUGGCGUGCUGCUAUGGCCAAGGGAUUUGAGGAGGUUAAAUACCAGACUCUCAUACCCUCCGUGCCCUUAAGUUUUGAAGUUGAACGAGUGUUGACAUCCAAUGAGGGUUCAUUGAUUGCCUUGGCCGGUCCUCGGGGAGUAUGUUUAUUGGAAUUGCCCCGGCGUUGGGGAGCAAAUGGCCAGUUUAUGGAGGGUAAAGCUAAAAUCAUUUGUCGAGCCUCAAAUCUGGAUGGUCAUUUCUUUACAAAUAAUCCCCAUUUGGAAUUAAGACAAUUGCGCUGGCAUCCCGCCUCACCCACAGAUUCACAUUUGCUGGUGCUUCUAAGCGACAAUACAAUAAGGGUUUAUGAUAAUGCCGUCUUACGCCAUGUUUGGCAAGUGGGUCCCAUACCUUUGAAAACCGAUGGUAAUCCCAACUCCUCCACGGUUUAUGCUUUGGGCGAAGCGGCUGUAGAUUUUGAUAUUGCACCAGCUGUUAAUGUGGCCGAAAAGCAAGCAAACAUGAAUAACAACACUUUAACAAGCAACUCCACCAUAAGGGAGCAAAAAAGUUUAAUGAAUAGCACACGUUUAAGUCAGGUUACCUUAAAUAGAACUGCAUCAUUAAAUGAAACUAAUAAGAAUCCAUCAGCUAAAGGUGAGAAAAUUGAAUGGCCUAUAGUUAUAUUGCGAGAAAAUGGCAAUAUUUAUGUGUUAAUGUCCGGUUUGGAUACGGAUAGACCUCGUUUACAGGGGCCUCUGACUAUCACCCCGUCUACUGUGGAUAAUUAUGGUUUAGAUUCUUGUUCCAUAUUGGUAAUACCAUCUUUGCCCCCCACCUUGGUUAUAGCAGAAACUAAUGGCAAAUUGCAUCAUGCCUUGUUUAUGGAAGCUGAAAAUGCCGAAGAUUCCUUUAAUGAAGUUGAUGAAAAUUUAAUAAUUCACCCCUCCGAAUGGUGUGUACAUGUUUUGGAGACAGUCGAAUUGGAAUUGGGUUUGCCCAAGGAGGAAAUACAUCAGCCCUACUUUUGUCCCAUACAUUUGAAGAGAGAUUUCAUCAAUGAAUUACGUUAUUUUGCUUAUCACAACACUGGUCUACAUGUUAUCACUGUAAAUUUUAUAGCAGAAUUACAAAGAUUCUUGGAAAAUGAAGUCAAUUCCGAUAUCAACACCCUUUCCACUCCCUCACAUGCCGAGUACAUAGUCUGCACCAAAAUCGAUACCAGCGAGAAUAUUAAUGCUGUCUUGGGUUUUGUACUCAUGCAAAUGCCCUCCUGUGCCGUAUUGCUUUUAAGUAGUGGCCAAGUUAUUAGCUUGAAAUUGGUUAUAGAUCCUAAACUACUAGCUGAUUGUCUCACAAUAUCCAAAGAUGACAAUAAUCUCACCAAAAACGAAGAUAUACAACAAAAUCAACUAAAUCAGAUAUUGGGUCCCUCAUUUAUAGAUCAUGUCAAGAAUAUUUUAAAACGUACAGUAACCCAGCCCAUUUUAUCGUUGGACAAAUCAGCAAAUCCCUCGCCCCAAGAGUGCUAUGAGUUAAUGGCCCAGGCCGUUGAGGUUUUGAGGUCACAGUACUUGCAGAGACAUGAAAUGGUAAGAGCUGAAUUUUCCCGACGUAUACACACCAUUAAAUUGUGCAAGGAACAACAGAAACAAGAUAUAGAAGACUUGGAAAAUGAACGAGAAGUUAUUAGGGAUAAGGCUCAUAAAUUGGCUGAGAGAUUUGAGGAGAUCAGUGAUCAACAGGAGGUUUUAACAAAACGCUGCCAAGACUUCAUGCGCCAGGCUAAUACUUGUUUACCCAGCAACACUUUGGCCGAAAAAGAAUUUGCCCAGGAAGUGGAAAGAGUUAAUAAAUUAACCAAAAAUAUGGUCAACUCUUUGCAGAAAUCUAAAGAAGCCAUCAACAAGCAACUAUAUCAUAUUUCCAAAUACCAGGAGAACUCCAAAAAGAAAACCUUUGAAUUGCCCGAGACACAAGAACGCACUAUCAAGGAUAUUUUAUUGCAAAUGACCGCCGAAAUCGAUGGUCAAAUAAAGGAAGUAAAACGUAUUAAUAAAAUUGUGGGUAUUUAAAUUGAAAACACACUACGUUCGUUUUUUUUACAAAAAUUUACUUUCUUUUUUUUUAUUCUUUGCUUAAAAAUAUCAAUAAAAAUAAAAAAAAAUAUAUAAGUGUUUUACAUUACAAUUACACGUUGUUUUCUCUUCUUUUUCUUUUUCGCCUUCUUACGCAGUGUAUUAUAUCUUCUAAUGUGUUUAACAAUAAACGCCUUAAACUCAUGACCGUCGUAUUUGCGCCACGAUACUGUUAGUAAAAUUAAAGAAUUAACAUAGAAAAAUAAUCUUAAAAAUAAA